AUGAGUGGGCCUGCAACUAGUUUUUACGUUCCCGGUCUAAUGAAAAACUCAAUCCGUGCCCUAUGCAACGCAUACACCUCCGAAAGGUUCAACCCGACGACGAGGGAAGUAUCGAUUCCGGAGAUCAGUCUCAAAAGAGACAAAUUAGAGGGGUUGAUCGACGGACCGUCUCUGUCGAAGCGUUCGAUUCUCUCUUUUUUCGCCGGAGGGAAUCACGGUUCCGUAAAACCCAUACUGUUCAAGCAUUGGGAGAAGAAAGACCCCGAAAUCCAAGCCCAUAGUUACCUUCCAAGAGGCGUCUCUUACUCCGAUCUAAUGAGGCAAAGCAAAUACUGCCUUUGCCCCAGCGGGUACGAAGUUGCCAGACCUAGAAUCGUAGAGGCAUUGUACAAUGGGUGCGUCCCGGUGCUGAUUUCCAAAUCUUAUGUGCCACCAUUCACUGAUGUUCUGAACCGGAAAUCAUUUGCUGUGAUCGUUUCUUUGGAACAAAUUCCUGAUUUGAAGAACAUUUUGAUGGGUAUACCGGAAAGGAAGUACAUAAGAAUGCAGAUGAGAUUGAUUCGAGUGAGAAGGCAUUUCGAGUUGCAUGUGAAUCCCAAGACGUUUGAUGUUUUCCAUAUGGUACUUCAUUCGAUUUGGCUUAGAAGAUUGAAUGUCAGAGUCAGUGAUGAUCAUGGAGAAAUGUUGUUGGAUUGAUGAUGAAUUAUUUAGAUCAUAAAUAUACUGCAUCUUU